UAUGCGCAUUAAUUAUUAGUAUACAUAUUAUAUAUAUAUAUAUAUGUAUAUAUAUUCAUAAUAAGUAGAAACUUACAUACAUAAAAUUAGCUUAUAAAUUAUAAUUCUAUUUUUAAAAUAUGGCGCAAAGUAGAACAGAAAGAAUUGGAACAAUUUUUACAAGAAUAACAGCAUUAGCACGCACAGAUGUAAUACAUCCAAAUAAUUUGCCAUUAUGGUAUGACAUAUAUAAAAACUUUCCUCCAAAAGAUGAACCAGUUUUUGCUAGAAAACCAUCACAGAAAAAAAUACAAGAUAUAUUUUAUGCUGAAGAUAUUAUAAGAGCAAAAUUUCACGAAGAUAUACAAAUUCCUAUGGUAGAUAUGAAACAUGACAAUGUUACGCAAACUCAAAUCUUUUUAUCUUUAUAUAAAAAUUUUUUAAAGGAUAAUAUUAAAGAAGAAGAAGCAUAUGAAAAGGCAUUGCAAAAUUAUAAAGAAACUUAUAAUGUUAAAAUACCUAAAUCAGAGACAUCAUAUAAAUCAUAUAAAGAC